AGCUCCGGCCCGGCAGGAAGCGAUGGCAGCGGGGGAGACGACCCAGCUCUACGCCAGGGUCUCCAACAAGCUGCGGGGCCGCAGCACGCCCUCGCUGCUGGACCCCCUCCUGGCCAUGGGCUUCCCGGCCCACACCGCGCUGAAGGCGCUGGCGGCCACGGGCAGGAAGACGGCGGAGGAGGCGGCCGACUGGCUGCACUGCCAUCGCGACGACCCCUCCCUGGACGACCCCAUCCCCCAGGAGUACGCCCUUUUCCUCUGCCCCACGGGCGCCCUGCUGGAGCGGCUUCAGGAGUUCUGGAGAGAGAGCAGGCGCCAGUGCGCGAAGAACAGAGCCCACGAGGUCUUCCCCCACGUGACGCUCUGUGACUUCUUCACGUGCGAAGACCAGAAGGUGGAGAGCCUGUACGAGGCCCUGAAGCGGGCCGGGGACAGGGCCCUGGGCGCCUUCCCGCAGGCCGUGCCGCUGGUGCUCCACUCCUCCAUCAGCUACCUCGGCUUCUUCCUCAGCGGCAGCCCCGCCGACGUCAUCCGGGAAUUCGCGGUGACCUUUGCCGCAGAAGCCUCCGUCUUAGCAGACUGUGCCGUGAAGCCUUGCACCAAGCAGCUGCACCUGACCCUGGCCCACAAGUUCUACCCCCACCACCAGCGCACGCUGGAGCAGCUGGCCCGCGCCAUCCACCCCGGCCACGCCUGCCAGUGGACCGCGGCGCUCUACUCCCGGGACAUGCGCUUCGUGCACUACCAGACCCUGAGGGCCCUCUUCCAGUACAAGCCCCAGAACGCGGACGAGCUGCCGCUGAGUCCCGGCGACUAUGUCUUCGUGGACCCCUCCCAGCAGGAGGAAGCCAGCGAGGGCUGGGUGAUCGGGCUCUCCCAGAGGACGGGCCGCCGGGGCUUCCUGCCGGAGAACUACACGGACCGAGCCAGCGAGGCUGACACCUGGGUGAAGCACAGGACGUACACCUUCAGCCUGGCCGCCGACCUCAACUCCAGAAAGGACGGCGACGGUGGCAGCAGACAAAACGCGGAAUUUCCUCCCCCGCAAACGUCGAGGAGUUUUAGCAGCAUACAGGAUUUGCAGGCCACGGCGAGGAGGAGCGUGCUGGUGGUGCGGCACGGGGAGAGAGUGGACCAGGUCUUCGGGAAGUCGUGGCUGCAGCAGUGCUCCACGCCCGACGAGAGAUACUACCGGCCGGACCUGAACUUCCCCCGCAGCCUGCCCCGGCGGGGCUGCGGCCUCAAAGGCUUCGAGAGCGACCCGCCCUUGUCGUGCUGCGGAGAAUUCCAGUCCAGAGCCGCAGGGGCCGCGCUGCUGGACAGCGGCGUCCGAGUCACCUCUGUGUUCGCCUCCCCGGCCCUCCGCUGUGUGCAGACCGCCAAGCUCCUCCUGGAAGAACUCAAACUGGAGAAGAAAAUUAAGAUAAGAGUGGAGCCCGGAAUCUUUGAGUGGACCAAAUGGGAGGCGGGCAAGACCACCCCAGCCCUCAUGAGCCCGGAAGAGCUGAAAGAGGCGAACUUCCCCGUGGACACUGAUUACAGGCCCGCGUUUCCCCUCUCCUGCCUCCUGCCGGCCGAGAGCUACGGCGAGUACGUGGACAGGUGCACAGCAAGCAUGAGCCGCAUCGUGGACACCUGCCCACAGGACACGGGCGUCAUCCUGCUCGUGAGCCACGGCUCGGCGCUGGACUCCUGCACGCGGCCGCUCCUGGGGCUGCCGCCGCGGGACUGCGGGGACUUUGCCCAGUUAGUGAGAAAGAUCCCUUCCCUGGGCAUGUGCUUCUGUGAAGAAAACAGGGAGGAAGGGAAAUGGGAGCUGGCCAACCCGCCGGUGAAGACCCUGACUCACGGCUGCAACCCCGCGUUUAGCUGGAGGAGCUGGCUCCUCGGCAACUGAGAGCUGAGGCGGCUCAGCCGGGCCCGCGCCGCGCCUCCCGAGGUGUCUCCGUCUCACCUGGUGUGACUUGCAGAAGCACGAGACGCACUUUCGUAUUUGGGGGUGCUUGUUUGCCGCCUGUGUUGCUGUCGUCAAGCUGGGCCUGGGGGCCCGGGGCGGGGGCUGGGUGGGGCGCCACCCCCGGCAGGUGCGCUUACCUGCGCCGAUACAGGACGGACAGGUGGCAUGGCUGGCGGGGAAAUGACACCUGGGGCUCUAACUUCCAGGAGUUAGAGACUCACCCCCCACCACACACACACACACACUGUUUAUUAUUUUACAUGUUCGUGUCAGUCAGGUUCCCUGUCACCUUUCCUGCUCCUGUUUCAAUCGCUCUUUAGCUGUGUCCACACGGGCCAGACGCGGUGUGACAUUCAAGGAAAUGGGCAGGAAAAGCACCCGCCAGACCAGCCCUGGGAGCUGCUCCUCGGUGUGGACACCCGGGUGCCGGCUUCCUGUCGCAGCCCCAGCAAACCACCACAACCUCGUGGUCGCUGGAAGCAGCGCAGGUUUUUUGACUCCGUCUCCCGCGGCUCUGGAGGUCAGGGCUCAGCUGCCGACCUGGGUCCCUCCUGGCGGCUCUGGGGGAGGAUCCCGUCCCCACCAUUUCCACCUUUCAGAGGCCACCUGAGUCCCUCGUCUCAUGCCCCACCCCAGCCCUCCAGGACAGCAGAGCAGCGUCCUCCAAGCUCUCUCUGACCUCUGUACCCGCUGUCAUUGUCACCUGCCUUGGGCCACCCCCUCCCAGGGCCCCCAUGACCCCCGAGGGCCCGCCCAGUUAUCCAGGUCAUGGCUACCUCUGGGUCCUCAGCCUCACUGCACCCACACAGUCCCUUUCUCCAGGUAAGGUCCCAUGGUCACAGUCCCGGGGACUAGGAUGUGGACUCCUCCGGGGGUCAUUCCUUAGCUGCCACCCCUGUCCUCCCAGGCGUUAGGGUCUGAUGCACCUCCUGGUGCAGGUCUUCCUUUGGCUCCCCUUUACUCACUUCUGAUCAAGAUGGGCUGGAAAGGGGACUUUGCAGACAGGAGGAGGGAGUUCCCCUGACGUAACGGGGAAUCAGAAGGGCCACCAGCAAAGUGGCGUCCGCCUGCAACAGUAUAAACACGAUGGUGGCUCUGACUUCAGGAAGGUGGCCCAGUGGUGGGUGGGGUCCCCCCAGUGUGUCUCCCGCCCGCACCCCACAGGUGGCACCUGUUCCCACAGCCCAGGCAGGCGCCCGGCGCUGCGGCGACAUCCCACACGGUGCAAUGGAAACCCCCACCCCGCCUCUCCUCUUUCCCGCCCCCAUUCCCAUUCGGAUGUCCUUUCCCUUUGCGGUUUGGGACACGGCUGAUCCGUGCCCGGCCCUCUACGUACUGGAGCAGAUACAGAGCCCGGGGGAGGCCCAGCUCUGCACCUGCGGCCGCCUGCGGCUCCCGGGCAAGCCGGGCACGGAACACGCGUGAGCACGUCCAACACCCGAGCAGAGACAGAACCAGCCCCCGUCACACAGAACACACCCGGGCCAGACCCAGCGAACACGUCCUCAGCGUGUCCCUCAGGGGCCAUCUCCUGAGAGAAAGGCAAUUUGUCUGUCCUUGUUGUACUUCGCUGGUGACACCAUCCUCCUGUGCCCAGACACGGAGAAGCCUGCAGCUGCCGCAGCUGUGACCCUGGCUCUAACUGGACCCCACACACGCUGUGAGGGCAGAGACCCCGGUUCUGCCUUUCUUAGCCUCCAGAAUGGGCCAUCGCCGUGGGACCCAGCCCUGGGGCCACGCUGCUGGAGACGGGCAGAGGCAGACAUGCCCUGCGGACA